AUGGCCAUGAUCAGGAAUAUGAACAGCAACAGAUGCUGGCAGGGAUACAAGCCGGACUUGGCGGAAAUCGCCAGCUUUGAUAAGGCCAAGCUGAAGACACAGGAGAGGAACAGCCUGCCGACCAAAGAGACUAUUGAACAGGAAAAGAGGAGGGAAAUGUCCUAA